UUUUCAGCGUGCUGCUUGUGAACACACCCCUGCCAUGCUCGCUCAGCGGUAGAUUUGGAUUGGACAGACAGCCGACUGAGGAAAAUGGGAGACGACUUGGGUGACGAGUGGUGGCAACACGAGGAUGCGUCUGAGGCAGAUGAGGAGGCAGAACAAGAGAAACGACAGACAGAAAAAACAAACACGAAGUCAAAACCAGAGAAGAGAAAGAAGUAUAACAGAGAAAACAGUUAAAGCUAAGAAGAAGAAAAAGAGUGAGCAGACUGAGUGUAUAAUUCCCCAAAAGAAAGAGACUGAGGAUGAAAAGUCAACUAAAGCCCCAAAAAAGAGGAAGAAGAAGAAGACAAUUACAGAUGUCUUGGCCACCUCAGAGCCAAAACCAGGCUGUCCAGCUGACCUGCAGAACCUGAUCACACAGCACUUCUCAGACAAGCGCUCUGUGAUCGAGCAGGAGGAGCUCAAAUUGCAGGACUCUUGUUUCCUGUCCAGUAAUGACCUGACACACAGCCUCUCCUCUUAUCUGAAACAGGUUUGUCCCAAGUGGGCAAAGAUUCAAAAGCAGCAUACACAAAAGACUUCAGUGGUUCUACUCAUCGUCUGUAGCUCUGCUCUCCGAACCAUUGAGCUCAUAAAGCAGCUGACCACCUUCAAGGGUGAAGCCAAAGCAGUAAAGCUUUUUGCAAAACAUAUCAAGAUAGAAGAGCAGGUGAAGCUGCUGCAGAAAGGCGUCACUCACAUCGGAGUGGGGACACCUGGCAGGAUCAGUGCUCUUAUCGAGAAAGAGGGUUUGAACUUGCAGGCACUGAGGUACCUGGUUCUGGACUGGAACUGGAGGGACCAGAAGCUCAGGAGGAUGGUGGACAUUCCUGAGAUCAAACAGGACUUAAUGAAGCUGCUGGAGAAUGGUAUUCUGAGUGGCUGCAAAGACGACAAAGUCAAAAUCGGACUUUUUUAACUGCAUGUUAUAAACUUCCUGAUGAUCCGCAUGAAGACUUGAUGUUCAAAGCAACGUAUUGAUGGUUCUGACUACACACCGAGAGGCCUCAUCCUGUUUGUUUUCCCUUUUUUGUCAGAGCAAAACCCGUGCUGUGCUUUUUCCUAUUUUCAGUGGUGUGUGGUGCCGCUUGUUCGCUCUUGUAAUACAUCACAGUGUCCCAGUGUGAUGGAUUGAAUAAACGGACUCGGAAUGAAAACGACAUCCUUCUGUUUGUUUACUCUGACCUUGGGAAGUCCCUCCUACUGACAAUGUGAGGUCAUGAGUUUACUUGCCCACUAGGAAGCCCCAUUUAUCAUAACAUCCUUUGAUAAAGCAUUUUAAAGCAGCACAAAGGGGACCGAGAAACAACAUGUAAUGUCCCACAGCAAAUUAGAAUAAAAAUAUAAAAUACU